GGCGGGGGCUGUAGGGAGAUGGCCCAGAGGUUGGCACUUCGGCGGCUGCUGUCCCUUGCCCCCAGGGCGCUGCCCCAGCAGGCCCCUGUGGCACGCCACAGUAGAGCUUUCAGCACCUCAGCAAACUGCAAGAGCACCUUCAAUGUGCAGGAUGGCAGCGACUUCCAGGACCGGGUGGUGAACAACCCCAAACCUGUUGUGGUGGACUUCCAUGCGCAAUGGUGUGGCCCCUGCAAGAUCCUAGGCCCCAGGUUAGAGAAGAUGGUGGCCAAGCAGGAGGGGAAGGUGCUGAUGGCCAAAGUGGACAUUGAUGAUCACACAGACCUUGCUAUUGAGUACGAGGUGUCAGCAGUGCCAACCGUGCUGGCUAUGAAGAAUGGAGACGUUGUGGAUAAGUUUGUGGGGAUAAAGGAUGAGGAUCAGCUGGAGGCAUUCCUCAAGAAACUCAUCGGAGCCUGAAAUGAAAGGGUGGCUGUACCUCUGCCUCCAGACACGUCCACAUUGUGCAUUCCUUGCCUGGAAGACCUGAGGGGGCAUGUGGACAACCUGCCUUGUACAGCCUGGGGUUUUCUUCUGAUUUGGGGCUUUUAGGAGAUGGACAGUGUUGUAACCCUUCCCUCCCACCCACCCCCUUCUCUUGAGCAGCAGUAGUUGUAAAGGGCACUGAGGAGCAGGGCUGCUUCUUCUCAAAAUGGGGAAUGUGGCUGGAAUUAGCCUGUGUUUAUCAGCAAAGAGCUGACGUGCAGAACUGCUGCUGCUGAGUUCAGGGGAGGAAUGUUUUCCUCUUUGCUUAGUAUCUGAUAGCCCAGAGCAGAGGGCAGCUUCUCCCUGCAAGAUGUUGGUACAUACCUGCCCUGGGUGGGUUUGUUUAAAGCUGAGAAUGCCUCUGCCUUGUCUGUGAAACCUGUCUGUCCCUCUGUCCUCGUGUCACUGGGACAGGUACAACUCCUCCACAAAUCCACGGGCUCCAGUCCUGAUUUUGUAAGAGAAAAUAGGGAGAAAUAUUUUAUGGAUCUCCUUUUAUAUGUCUGUAAUAAAGAGAGCUUUAUCAGUUGCUGUUGUCUAGCUGGAGAAUAAAACCUGAUUCUUGGAAAUCA